ACACGUCUAAAGUACGAUUGUAAUUGUAAUUUAUCUUCGAAAAGAAAAAAGUUUCUCAGUCAGCAACCAUGAAUUACAUGUCUGCCUGCCUGGAGGUGGCACUGGAGGAGGGAAAGUACGUCAUCGGGUACAAGCAAGCGCUGAAGACUCUGCGUGGUGGCGGUGCCAAACUGGUGAUCUUGGCCAAAAACAUACCGGACCAAAUGCAGUCAGAGAUGGAGAAAUACGCCGCCGAGACCAAGACCCAAGUGAUUUGCUUCAGCGGCAACAACUUUGAUCUGGGCAAUGCCAUUGGCAAGUUCUUCAAUGUGGGCACAGUGGUCAUUACCGAUGUGAAGGUCUCGCAGGAUAUGAUCCACUUGUUGGCGGAUGCCAACGAAUAAUUUCAA